ACGUCCUAAAGAUUCUACUUGAUUGCAUCAAUCAACGGACGAAUUUUGGUAUAUUCAUUCACUUUCAAUUGUUACGAAACCAUCAGCUAACGCUCCGUUCAGAAAACGGCCGGAAAACAACGUGUUAUGGUAUAUUCCGGCCACGAAAGAUCCCUGUUUUAAAUUGGAAACCCACAUGGAGAAAGAGCCUCUACUCCUUCAUGUCAACCCUAGAUGGCCGCAACCGCAACCGCAACCGCAACAACCGCCGCUGCCGCCACCAGUCUCACUCUGCCCCUUGCCUGAAGACAAUGAAAUUACCAUUCCAACAUUGCCCAUCACCCCAUCUGCGAAAGAAUUCAAAGAAAGGCUCAUAUUUGGGUCGCCCACUUAUGCAUCGUCCCCUCUUAUAGAUUCUUCCUCUUCGAGCCUUCUUGACGCCUUAACCUUAAGCGUCAACUCUCCCAAGCCCUCGAAAUCCAGUCUCGAUAAUGAAAGAAUUAAUACUGAACCUCAUGUGUCGAAUCUUGAUCAAGAAAAUAAACAGUCUUGGUUGAUUGAUCCCAAUUAUACAAUGUCCAAGAGUAAUCUCCAUAGGUCCAAGACUGCCCCUGCCAUGGCUGCAAUCAAUGAAAUUGACCAUUCACAUGAUUCGGAGAAACCCCAGUCUGGUAGUUCAUCAAUUGUAAGACAAGGUGUUCUUCUUUUGAUCGUUUACUUGUCUCUUGGUGUGGUUAUAUACUCCUUUAAUAGGGAUAAUUUUAGGGCUACUGAGACACAUCCUGUAGUUGAUGCUUUGUAUUUUUGUAUUGUGACUAUGUGUACAAUUGGAUAUGGGGAUAUAACCCCUGAUAGUACUGCAACCAAGUUGUUUUCUAUUACGUUUGUGCUUGUGGGGUUUGGUUUUAUUGAUAUUUUGCUUACUGGGAUGGUUAGUUAUAUGCUGGAUUUGCAAGAAAAUUAUCUUUUGAGGACAAUUAAAGGAGGAGGAGGGCAUGAUCCUAGGUCUUAUAUAAUUGAUGUGAAGAAGGGAAGGAUGAGGAUUCGAAUGAAGGUGGCGUUGGCAUUAGGUGUUGUGGUUCUGUGUAUUGGAAUAGGGGUUAGUGUCAUGCAUUUUGUUGAAAGGCUGAAUUGGCUGGAUUCAUUCUAUUUGUCCGUUAUGUCGGUUACUACUGUUGGAUAUGGCGACAGGGCAUUUACGUCUUUGGCUGGUCGGAUUUUUGCAUCAAUUUGGUUGCUUGUUUCAACACUGGCUGUUGCUAGAGCAUUUCUUUAUUUGGCCGAGCUUAGAGUUGACAAGCGGCAUAGGAAAAUGGCUAAGUGGGUGCUUGGCCAGGGCAUGACCGUCUCACAAUUUCUUGCUGCCGACAUUGAUAACAAUGGUUUUGUGAGCAAGUCGGAAUAUGUUAUAUACAAGCUGAAGGAGAUGGACAUGGUUUCAGAGAAAGACAUCUUGCAAAUUUCUCAACAGUUUGACCGUCUAGACACAGGCAACUGUGGGAAGAUUACACUCGUCGAUCUUAUUGAAGGUCAUCAGUCUUCGCUGCUUUAAAUGCUACAUAUAUUUACUACAAAUCUAUGUUUCGAUUAAGCAAGGAGGCGUUGCUGCAUCUACAGAAAGGGUUCUUGCAUGAGAAAAACUCGUGACUCGUUAUCCGGUCCCUAUACGCCUAGAUCGAAGGCCUGCCCUAUCUGAGUUUUAAACCUUAGAUGCUAUAUGGUUGAUCGAUGACAAAUUUGUAAUGGCAUGGUUGCUUCAUCGGACAACUCAAUUUUAUGUUCUUUGAUGUAUGCACUUGUUCUCUUUUUUAGUAUCGUGAAAAUAUUUAUUUUUAUAGUUCGCUCUCAAGGCAUCUAGAUCCUUUCGUGAUACCA